CAGCACGAAUAAUCGAGGAAUGUAGAUGCGAAGAGUUAUAUGUACCGGAGCAAAUUGACUAAAUCUCCGUUUUAUUCGAUAUUCGGUUCGGGAUUUCGAAUUAUCAUUCUUCUUCCGGGAAGUCUUUCUGAACGGACGUAUUUUCUCUCGUGAAGCUUCGGGCUGUGUUAAAUCGCCAGAAGAUUGGCUGGCUGUUUUGAACACCUGCGAAGCAGCGCAUUUAAUCCGGAGACAAACAGGUGCCUCGCGAAGGCAAGCGCUCGCAAGGUCGCCACGAGGAGGUAGUCACAAGGGCUGAGAUUAAGGAGGAAGAUCCGCGGGCGAAACACGCUUGCACAUCAGCGGGCAACCUCCUCUCCCGACCCUUUCGGACGAGUGGCAACGACUCUCUUCCAGGAGCUGAGAACAUGGGACAUGGUGAAGAUGACGCCGGGAAAUGCAACGUUGACGCCAGCCCCAACCCGGCACCGGAGGGCGGCUGGGGUUGGGUGGUUGCUUUCGGUUUGGCCACCGUCCUGAUAGUGACACUAGGUCCAAUGGCAUGCUUUGGACUUAUUUUUGGAAGUUUUCUGGAGAGUCUUGGGGAAGGUGCUUCAGGAGUAACAUUAAUAAACAGUGUCUAUAUGUGUUUACAUUCUUUUACUGGUCUGUUGGCGAAUUAUGCGCUCAAGUCAUAUUCAUGUCGUCAAGUGGCACUUGUGGGUUCCUUGUUGUUCUUUGUGGGAAAUUUAUUGACUGCAUUUGCAACCAGUGUAACCUAUAUGAUCUUCAGUUUUGCAAUUCUUCCUGGUGUUGGCUUAGGACUCAUGAUACCAGCAUCAUUUCAUUGUUUCAAUGCUUAUUUUGCUCGAAGACGUGUAUUUGUAAUGGGGAUUGCACAAACAACACUCUCAGGAGGUGUUAUGUUAUACCCAAUUGUUGUGGAGAAAUUAGUUGAUGCUUAUGGAUUCAGAGGAGCACAAGCUAUUGUUGCAGCUGUAACUCUUCAUGCUACAGUUGGAGCUUUAACAUUCAUACCUGUGCCAAAGAAAACUCCACUUAAUAUCAAUAUUAAAAGUGGAGUUGAAAUGCUUCCAUUUACAAAUGGAAAAUCUGAUUCACUUGAGAAAUUAAAACAUAUGGAGGUUAACAAUUCUAUGAAAAUGAUGCAUGAAAUGAAACUUGGAUCCAAGGACUCUCUAUCUGAUAUAUCUCAUAAUGUGUAUACAGAAAAACAUUUAUAUUCUUAUUCCACAAAAUAUAACUCUGACAUAGAGAAACAGGGUUCAAAUAUGAAAAUAAUCCCUGAUUCAAUAGAUGUAGUGAACAUGAAUCCAGGUGAUAAUGAACAGGUUCUACCUCUGAUAGAUGGUGUCAAUGCAACCAACAAUAAGUUUACAAACAAUAUUACAAAUAGUAAAUUAGAAUGUGAUGUACCUGUCCUGUCUAAUGCUAUGGCAAUGAGGCUGCGAAUGCCCCGAGCAUCUAUAAUUAGCACCGGGAGUUUAGUAGCUGCUGGAGCUGGAAGCAUGAUGAUGAUUAAUAGCAAACACAUACAGAGAAGAGAUUCUACUAAUGUGAGGCAUUGGUGGACAGCCAUUGUCAACUUUUUUGAUCUGGGCUUACUAAAAGACCUUGUCUACGUUAAUAUAGCUUUGGGUGUAGCGUUUGCCUACUAUUCUGACUUCACCUUUGUCACCCUUUUCCCUCUUUUCAUGUUUUCUCUGAAUUACACCUUAUCAGACACAGCUCUCUGUAUUGCUAUCGGCGCUGCCUGUGAUUUGGGUGGGAGGAUCGCUUUUUCACUUUUAGGAAUAGUAUGUGAUAUAAAAAGUAGAACAGUUUUUCUCAUUGGUUCAGCAUGUAUGGUUGUAGGAAGAACAGUGAUGGUAUACAUGCAUGAUUAUCUGACAUUGAAUAUUGCCAAUGGAAUUCAUGGAUUUUUUAGAGCAUGGAUACAUGCAAAUUUUUCACUAGUAUUUGCAGAAUACUGUCCUGCAGAACGUUUCCCAGCAGCUUAUGGACUUUUCAUGGCAAUCAGUGGUCUUAUAGGAAUUUCAACUGGUCCACUAAUAGUUAUGUAU